GGGAGAGGAAAGCGGUCUGAGAAAGAAGAGGGAAAUGUAGUUUGCUUUAUUCAGUUAGCUCUUUUGUUUUGAGGAAUAUCAUGAAAUUGAAAUGACAUUUUUAUCUGCGUGAACAAACGCUUAAAAUAACUAUUUCAUAAUAAGGUUCAGAAGAAUAAGAACAACGCAGGCUCGUGCAAGCACAAUGACAUCAUUCCCGGAAAGGUGCAAUAUGGCGGACGACAGUCUUUUAGUCUAAGUUCGCCUGUUACUGUUUGGUUCAUCACAAGCUGGCUUAAUGGCGUCGUUUCAAAAGACAUUUAGAAAGAGCGGUAACCGUAAGUUUAACUCAUUUCUUAUUCCUUCUGCACACUAUUUACCCGAAAAGAUAGAUUUCCUCUAUUUGAUGGUUUCACGUACAGACAGUCGUCAAUCUAAAUUGCACCAAAUUUGCUGACCGUCUUCCAUUCGCUAUCAAAAUAUUUUUUUGCAUAGCUUCAGGGCGGCCAAUAAAACUAUUAGCUUACAACAAUGUAAUAUAAGAUAGGAGGUUUAUGACAUUUGAAGUUCUCGGUUAAUCGAAGAUUUGAUGUUUUAUUUGGUUCCAUUUCACAGAUCAUGCGGAGUUUCAUUCGCUACAAGGGGUAGAAAUUAAAAUCGGAGAAAAGUUCAGACCACCGAAAAAGGUAAAGUAUGAAAAGAUCUUGCUCUUAUAUCGGUUGCUUUCCAUUAUUUUUUCUCUAUCUAAGCUUCUUAAUUCAAGCUUAUUUAUCAUGUACAAUAGGUGGCUUUGUUUUUAACAGAACUUUCUUGAAUCGAUCCCCAGGUGUAUCUUUCUAUUAUCAAUAAUGUAUCACAGUUAUUUACAGGGUUAUAGACAGGAAUUUUUAAUAGGAAGGACUUACACCAGCAUGUUGCUUAGGUUUCAGUUUUGGGAUGGGAGCUGCUCCGACCUGGGGUUUUGAAAUUGCGCUAGGGGUCACCCCUUUACUGCCUUUACUACAUGUUUACCUUUGAUUUUGGGCCAUUCACAAAACUUGGAUAGGAUCAGAUCAGAUCCAGCCGUGAACCCUUAAUAUUGUUGUUGAGAGAGUAACAGGGGUUGAUCCAGUGUGGUUUAAUCCAAGUUUUGUUGAUGCCUCUUGAGUUAGCUAUUUAUUUUUGUCUCUGAAAGAUGUGGCAGUGAACACUCAGGGCUGUUGCUAAGAUUUUAAGAUACCAGGUUGUGCAAUUAGUAUGGAAUUAAACAGCUUGGAUGUUUUGUUUUUUCAUUCAUUUUCCCUUUUGUUUCUUAUGAAAGUAGCCAGGAGUUACCCUUGUAGUAGCUGGGGGAAAUCCCUAGGCCCCCAGCCCUGCGUGACAGCCCUGAACAUUAGUACAAUAUAAUAUGUGCAUUUGUAUAAUAAUACGUAAUGUAAAACUAUUUUCAGGUAACUCUGCCUGUUGGAUGGCAACAGAAAGAUCCCUCAGGUGUACUAAGUUUAAUGGUAAGUUGACAUAAAUGUUUUUAAAUGGAUAAUAAAGCUUUCUUUAAUUUUAGACUCUAGUUGACAAUGUGGACAGAUUGUAGAUAACAACAAUAAAACUUUAGAAUAGAGAAAGGUUUAAUUCUUUUAUUUUUAGUUUUGUAAGCCCACUCAAAGAUAUUCUCAAUCUAUAAUGUUUGACAGUAUUUACACUGUAUGUUUGCUGGUUACAGGAGCUGACUUGACUUGAAAUCAAUAUUGUACACUAUCUUUGUGGUCUUUUUUAGUAUGACUUCAGCCUUGAAGAAGAUGUUGUUUCAAAGUCUGAGGCACUAAAGGCCUCAAAACAGGAACAGCCAGAAAUUUCUUCCACCGAAGCUCAAGUUACAAGUGCAUCUGUGGACAGUACAGAUACAGCCACAAAUCAUAAGUCAGUUUUUUCUAAUGUUGGAAGUGAAAUCCUCCAACCUGUUGUGGCUCCUGGAUUAGGACAUAAGAAGAAAGACAGUUUUGGUGGGAAAGGCAAGAACGCAUUUGAUAUUUCGGACUUUGAAGGUGAUACUUCAACUCCUUUUGAGCUAGUAGAAUUACAAACAAUAAAUGACAUGGAUGAACUUAAGAAUGUCCUCCAACCCAAUGCUUUACCAGCAACAACAUCAGAAAAUUCAGCACCCAGGAUGGCCUCUCCUUUGGCAACUACAAACAAUGUAUCUCCAACAAACAACGUGUCUCCCUCAGGGAAUUCAUUAGUUGAUAUUUCUGGUCUUCAUAUCGCUAGUGAGGCUACAGCAUCUCUUAAUUCUAGAGGCAUGCCUGUGACUAAUGUUGGUACAGAGGCAAGUUCAAUAUUGGUUGAUAUUGGAGAUUCACAACCAACUAGUGUAGCUCCUGCAGCUGCAGUUCCUGCAAGUAAUACUUUUCAAAAUACUUCAUUAUCCAAUACAAACAGACCUUUUUCGAGAGGAGGGUUGUUGCCACCUAUUGGUCAGAGUUUUCCUUCACCAGUUCCUCAACAACAGCAAGGACAACAAACAUUACCAAUGCCUGUAUAUAGUAGUACAACUAGUAGUUCACUACCAGGAGGAAUAAAUAGCUUUCCAAGUAGUGUUGCUCCCAGCCAAGGACAGUAUCCAGGCAUGAAUAGCUGGAAUAGCAACAUGCAAUACAAACAAUAUGGUGCACCUACUACUAUAGAUCAACAGUGGAAUAUGCCAAGAUCUCCCGAAGUCCAGGUUGGUGUGGUUGUGUGUCUGGUAGCUGGAAUAUUCAAUAUUUUCAUAACCUCACAUGUCUAUGAUAAUGUAGCUGAACUUUCUAGUAUUGGUAAUGAUCCAGAAUAUUUGCAGUCAAGGUUCAGAUGAUGACGCUUGCUGAGGCAUAAUGGAGGUCAUUAUUUUCAAUCUCUUGCUAGAGACAGGACAGUCUGCAAUCCCCCCUCCCCCCUCUCCUCUUCUCUAUGGGUGACUUGGUUCUAGGUCUUAUGAAUUCUGCUAGUGCAAACACAGCAAAGAGGGUUAAUUAACAUAGAAACAAAAGGCUUAAAUUUUGCAUCUUAACAUCUGCCUGAACCCUGAUGUUUUCAACAUGAAGUUGGAAGUAACAAGUGUGAGUAUUUUGCCUUCAUUUUCAGAUACCCGGAGGUCGCUUUCCUUCUCCUUUGCCACCUAUUGGAAAGCCAUGUGAUGAAACUCUUAGCAGGCAAACCUCUUAUCAAUCCUCUCUGGCUGAUCCCUGGCCUGUCCUAACAGAGGAAGAACAAUCUUAUGCCAGGAGUAUUAUUAGCAUGGGUUUCCCAGCUCCUCGGGUGGCUAGAGCUGUACAGAGACUUGGAACUAAUGAUAAGGAGGUAAGCAGGCAAACAGGGAGUGAGGAUUGAGCACAGGCAACAGGAAAAUAAAAGAAUGCAGGGAACAAAACAGAGUAUUGGAAAUGAAGUUACUGACAGCUGGGCUGGGAUUCCAGUUGGUUUUGUUCCCAUUUUUCAUUUUCCCAUUCCCUGUGCUUGUUCCCCAUCUUAGUAACAUCUGGAAAGAUGGUCAGGUACAAUAAGACAGUUUUAGCAACUAGUCUGGAUGUGAAUUGAGAUGUGUGGUACAGUGGAAGCUGGAUUUAACGAUCCUAACAAAGUCCUCGUUAUAACGAACGAUUUUCUUUAGCCCAAAAAUAGUAAAAUAUAUGAAAAAGAACCUCGGUAUAACAAAAACCUCUUUAUAGCGAACAAGUUUUGUCAGCCCCUUGGGCCUUCGUUAAAUUGAGGUUCCACUGUAAGUGGUACUGUCGACAGUAAAAUACCCUCCACCUCACACUAGAGAAGACAAGAAAGAAAAUGUUAUUACUAUAGGUAUCUUCACAGACAAUGAUUGAUUUAAGCAACUAAACCAUCAUUUGUGUGUCUGGUUUUUUUUUUCACUUGUAUUAUUUUGGAAAGAACUAAUUGUUUAAACAAAACAUUACAAUAAAAAGGAAAUAUCCACAGCCAACAAUCAUUCACACUGUAAUGCGUCUCAACAGUCACCAUCGGUGGUCUUGAUUCAAGGUUUCUGAUACUGAAAUAUUAGACUGUACAUAUGAGACUCAAAUAAUAAUAAUUUUUUGUAAUAAUUUAUUGUAUCUCAUUCUUCAGAACAAAUCUUAGAAAUUAUUUUAGUUCACUUGAAUGGGACUGUACAAGACAGUGUUUUAAAAGUUUUUGGUUUAUUGAUACAACACAAAUAUAAUACUUAACACACUACUGACUGAUCAAACAGCAGCCUGAAUUUUCUACUAUCUUGCAGGUGUUUGAAUUUCUAAUUACCGUAAAUGAACUGUGCGAACAAAACUACCCAGCUGAUUCUGUGGAAGUUGCUCUUGUAUUUAACUCAGAAAAAGCUAAGGUAAUGUUUUACAUUAAUUGUUAAUUUGUAACAGAUGAAUUCCUUAUACUUUUCAGUCAAGUCAGCUGUAAUGCACUUAUACUGUAGCAGUUUUGGGUCUUUCUGGCAGAAAACAUGCAAAAAAGCUGACCUAAUUUUUCUUUACACAUAGUAAUACUGAAGAAUACAUGUUGAUCUUAAAAUUAUUUUAUCUUACGUUAUUGUAGGCAGUGGAAUUUCUUGAGUUGGUGAAAACUUUUAAAGAAUAUGGUUUUAAAGAGGAAAAUAUUCAUGAAAGCUUAAAAGCUGCUGAUAAUGAUAGAGAAAAGGCUCUGGAAUAUCUAAUGACACUAUCUUCUACAUAACAACUUCUGCUGAAUGGAUUGUACAGCUGCUGGAGGUAAUGAAUGUAUGAAUGUGUUAUUCUAGAAAAGAAAAAAAAAACUAGUUUGUACAAGUUUACACACGUAGCAAGGAUAAAAAAAGAAAAAGAAAAAAAGAACAACAACAACAAGUAAAGAUUGAUUAUCAUUAGAUGAGAAACCUUUCUCCUUGUAAUACAUGUAUUUAAACUGAAACUGUAGACUAUUCACAUUUCUCUGUUUUUGUUUUUUUUUUUGUGUAAGAUUUUCAGGAUUGAGCGCUUGGUUCACUUACGUACCUAGGGAUGGACAUCAGGGUUUAUCCAAGAUGGCUGCCCAUAACACAAAGCACUUGAUCUUGACAAUCUUACUGGAAAAUAGCAGACUGUGAACAGUCUAUGGAAACUGUUGUUUUAGUUACUGUAUUUACAUUGACAAAGUAAAAUCCUAGUCAGUUUAAAGAAGAAGGGGUGGGGGAUAUUAAUGCAUGACUGCUUGUUACUUCACACUUCAAAAAACUUCAGUGGUUGCUCAGUUUUCAUCUAGCAGUAACAACAAGGUUUUUGUCUUUUUUUUUCCCCAGGAAGACAGUUCACCUGAAUUUUACCAGCUGAGAGACAAAUUUAAGAUGCACAGUUGCUAAAAAUAAUAAUACCCUAAAAGACUAUGUAAUAAUUAUUGUGGUUAUACAUACAUGUGAUACAUGUACAUAAUCAGCUGACCUUAUGGCGCGAUGCUACAGUGCGCUGUGUUUUCUUGUACCACAUUAGUCAAUGACAAAUGUGCUGACGUUAUGGAAGGCUUCAUUUGUUUGUGCCCUUGAAGGCAGAGUGAUAUAAUGUUCAAGAAUGAAGGUUGUUGCACCUCUCUUCCACCUUUCUCUCUUUCUGUAGGAAAGACAAAAACGCAAAAACAGCUAGAGAGAGACUAAAAAAACGCUACCGAUGUCUGUUGGUAAACUCAACUAAAUUACUCAAAGAUAACCGUCCACUGUGAAAAGAAGGACUCUGCAAUAAGGUAUUACUUCUGUUCACACAAGUGAUCUCCUUAAGGUUGUAAGGCAAGCUGGUGGAUCUGAGAUCUUGAGAGGCAAGGCUGUAACAUUAGUGACAAGUCCUGGACUUAGUGAAUGAUUUAGGUUGUCCUAGUUUAGUUUUUGUGACACCCGAACUUUUUUCUUUAAAGUUUCCUUGGUAGUUGUUAUAAAAGUAUUGACCUGUUGCAAUGUUGCAAGUGUUUUGAACAACAGGUGGACAUCUAGACUGAUUAGCAAAUCUCAAUUUUAUUUUAAUUUUAUGAGACAGUACAUCCAUGGGGCAAAUAAAAGCUUUGAAGUGAUGGUUUCACAUUAAAUACAGGCAUGUACCUAGGCUGGCUCGUUUUUGAGGCCGCGGAGUUCAUUUCAGGUGCUUUUCUUAAGUGUAUAAUUUUUGGUGAUAUUUUUGAGGCUCUCCGAUCGUUUUGGUAACGACUCCACUCUCUUUCCACCUUAAGUUUUGCAGCUCCACCGUGCAUUUAUUCAAUUCU